UAUAUAAAUUGUAGUUAGAGAAGGUCGACGUAGCUUAGUACCCGCGGCGGUGUCAGGUAUCAGUGCGUGGUGGCAGUGGAGAGUCCAGAUCUCGACUGAGUUAGGAACCACAAUUGUGACAAUAUAGCUUAUUGAACGUAGUUAGCUGAAUUGGGUCUAACUCAAUUUGAGUCAGCCUGUUAGCAGGAAUUUGAUUAGUGCGUAUUAUUUAAUCCUGAUCAUUUUAUUUUAUACAUUCCUCGGCUAAUUGGGGUUGAUUUCUCCGCUUAACUCGGGCUCACUUUGACACUUGGAAUUGUUUUAUGGAAACUGUUAUUUAGGAAUCGUUUUACAAUUGUGAACUUAUAUGUAAACACUUAUCGUUUUUAUAUUUGGUAUUUUGUAACUUUCUGCCGGUGGUUCCGGUAGCCAUCGAGUUAUCGCCCGUGGCCGAGAGUUCCGCGAGUUUAUUCCAUCUUCGGUGGAGUUUCCGGCCUAAAGACGUCUUCAGAAACCGGCACCAUUUCCGACUUCUUCAAGCCCAUCCUGGACGUGAUGGAGGGGUCCGGGCCGUUCGACGAGUCUCUGUUCUCCGAUUUUCCCGGGGGACAGUUGCCCGGACCGUCCACACUCCUCUGCAAGUCGGACUCCAGGAGCGUACACUCGAUACAGGUGAUGUUGGGUCUGCAGCACGAGCACCUGCCGCCCGACCAGCCUCACCCUGACAUCACCGUCAUGUUCCAUCCCCCUGGCCAUGCCCUCGACCCUCGGCGCAAGGACGAGCUGCAAGACACCAUGAUACCGCAAGUUUCAGGCACAACUGAUCCGCCACCACCGAAGAAAUCGGAGUCGAAAAGCAAAAAAGGCGAUAACAAUGGAGUGAAAAAGAAAAAAACCAGAACGACAUUCACGGCCUAUCAGCUGGAGGAACUGGAGCGUGCGUUCGAGCGCGCCCCCUAUCCGGACGUGUUCGCACGGGAGGAACUCGCCCUCAAGCUGAACCUGAGCGAGUCCCGUGUCCAGGUCUGGUUCCAGAAUCGCCGCGCCAAGUGGAGGAAGCGGGAGCCACCGCGCAAGACUGGAUACUUGCCCACCUCAGGAGUACCUGGAUCUCCGAGCUCCUCCAUGGGGUCCAACAGUUUCACCCCUCUCAGUCCCUUCAAUUCUCCUGCCAGCAACCCUCCAGCUGUGCCGUCGUCCACACCUGAUCCUUGGGGCUACCCCUCAUCCUAUGAGAUCUCUCAUCUCAACAUCCUCAAUGAUUCUGGUUACCAGACCACGCCAUACUGCAAUUCUCCAGGACCUGUUUACACUAACAACUAUCCGAUGAUGGGACCCCAACAUGGCAACUAUAACUCAGUAGGCAUGUUCCCAUCAAACAUGCGACAUCCACAAGAGUUUAUGUUGGGAGGGGAGGAGUCACCGCCACCACACUACCCCCACCCACUGGAGCUGGAGCCCAAGCCUGAGUACGGAGAACAGGAGCAGUACCACCCUCAGGAGGAUCCAGAGGUCAAGGAUACCACAAACAUCGGUGGCUACAACGUGGGGGCCGGAGACAAGGGAGACUGUCGCAUCAAGCUGGAACCUGACUCUCAGAGCUACGUCACCCUGCCACCCUUCAUGAACUGACUAGAGCGGGGCCUGUGUCCUCCCCGCGGCAAAUACUGACGGACACAGAGUCCAUUGUUGUUUUCUUAAACAUCACCCACCAACUGCUUUUUACUGGAAAUUAACAUUGUACAUACAACCUUUUUAUGUAAAAGACAAUUUAAUUAUGUUGGAUUUACUGCUAACAAAUACUCUAACAAUAUUUUUAAUAUAUUUAUGAAACUAAAAUGUACAUUGUGUCUAUACAUUAUGUGUAUCUAAUUGAAAUAGUAUUUUUUAUAAAAGACAAAAUAAAUGUGAAAAUAAUAUAAAAUUUAAAGUACUUAUAUAAAGCUUCAUAAAUUUGAUGCUAACAACAGAAUUAACUCUGAACUCGGUCCCAAAUAAUAUCAAUUACUACUCAGACAAAUUAUUCUAGAACUUGAGAAGAUAAACAGCUAGUUGUUAUUUACGUGGUUUUCAUGCAGUAUCCUAAUCUAUAUAAUAUAUAUAGAUAUUAUGUAGAUAUAAAAGCAAUCAUUAACAUUGUAAAUUAAACAUGUGAUUUUAAGGUGUACAAAAAUUAAUUAAUUUUUGUUGUCAGAUGAAUUUUCUCUGAGAUGUUUUAUUGUUAUGAAUUCUAUUUACCGGUUUUUAUAUUCACAUGUAUUGUAGAUAUAAGAAUAUUGUAAAAUAAUGUAUAUAAUUGCAGAAAAAUGGGAGCAACAAAACAGAGUCUUCCAAUUUAAAGAUGUAUUAGAUUAAUCAAAUCACGCUAAUGUAAUUAUGACUGAGUAAUUUUAUUGUGAAGCGUAACGCUUUUUGUAUGCAAGAAAAACUAACUUUGUGUAGUUAUUCUAUAAACUAUUUUAAAAGAUUUAUAUGGUUUCAAUAGCACUAUAGUCAAUCUGACUACAGUUUGAAAAUAUAUUAAAAGUGCAAAAGCUUCAAAUCAGUGGUGUAGCCGAAGUAUAUGGAGGGGGAGGAUGGAGGUUAUAUACUCCUGUAUGUCAAAUCCAACUUAUCAUCAAAGAGAAAAAAAAUCCACACUAUAACUCGCAAUAAUUGAUUUUUGCGAGUAUAUAAUUAUGAUUAUACAUGUUUAUAUUUAUAAACUACAGAAAAAUAAUCUCCUUUUUCAAAUCUUAGCUACACUGUUACUGGCAGCUGUCUACUUUUUAUAGUACCAUUACGUAACAAGACUGGAAGUUGGAUUUCUGUAGGAGCUUAAUUAUUUUUAAGAUCAUGUGAGUACAAAAAACCAUUCUCAGCCAAUUUUGUACAUAUUUUAUCAAGCUACACUUAAAAUAAUAUGCAGGAUUAAAGCCUUUGGUGUACAUUGUGUGAAUUUGUUUAUUAGUCUAUAUUUCAUGCUAAAUAUUAACAACUAUAUGUGGGUGACAAUAAGAGAUGCUAAUGGAUUCAGGUUCAUGAAAUUGAAGUUUGAUAGUUUCAUAAAUUUAUCACUGUUCAUUUUUAUUUGUGCCAGCUGGAGCCUGAAAAAAACAACUUUACGGCAGAAUUGGAACAAAUAAGUAUUUCAUGAUUUGGUUGUUUCUAAAAUUACAUGUAUGAAUCAAUAGUAUGUUUGUUAUGAUAAAAAAAAGGUUUAAUAACCCUUUGUAAAAGUGAUGAAAAAAAUUAAGAUAGAUCACAAAGCAUAAGAUAAUAUAAUAUUAAAAUCUCUUAAUAUUAAAGUUCAUAAAAGAAGAAAAGUGGAGAAACAAGACUAUUACUUAAUCGAGAGCAUUAAAGCAGGAGAUUGUAAAUUUAAAGAAAUCAGGAUUUUGAAUAUUUUUUAUUUGUUAAUUAUUUUUGUUAUAACUAAGGUUUUCAUACAUAACGAAGAGGGACAGGUUAUAGUUCACCAAACAGUGUUCUUUUUUUGCAACAUCUGUCCUCUUAAAUAAUCAAUAGUGAUAAAGAGCUUUAAAUUAAGAAGUCCUUAAAAGACCAACUUAUGGGUAGAAUAAAAUAGUUUUAAUACUGGUGACCAUAAUUUUCCACAUCAUCUCUACCUGUGUACCCAUCCUCUUGUUUUUUUUUCAUUUCGUGAAUGAGUGCCAUAUAAUAAUAAUAAAAUAAAUAUUAUUUUAUUAAAUAUGUGUUGUAUUGAAUCUUUUAUAUUUGUUUGUAUGGUGUUUGUAAAUGUGUAAUGUUGGCCUGUAUAUACAUGAGUUGUAGACUGCUGUAUAUAAUUAAUACUGAUUUUGCAUUUACCUCAUUUACAUGUGCGUUCAUUUGUGCCUUAUGUGAUUGUAAAUUGUUUUUAUAUAAAUGUGUGUUUUAUAGACUACUUAAGCUUGUUUAGACAGUUGUGUAAUGAUAUGAAAUAAUAAAUAUUUUUAGGAAA